AUGGCUGCCUUUGUGCUCUUCAUCUUCACCAUCUUCCUCCUUCCUGUGGCAAGAUCCGCAGAGGCAAAAAAUUACAUCAACCGAAUAGGUUCUCCAAGGCAAGCCCGCCAAGGUGACCAACUUCAGGUGGCCUUCGGAAGCUGUGUAAAUCCACCAAAUAAUUUGACUGGCUCCUUCUAUUUUGAUUUUGGAAAUGCCUCUACUUUGGACUUUACUUCUGAGGUUUGCGAUGAAAAGGACCCAAACUGCAUGUUUUCCCCUCGAGAUCCACCUAUUCGCAUGUAUGAAAAUGGGAAAUCUUGCCCAAGAUGUUUCAGAACCGGUUACAAUAACUGUGAUGCUGAUGGAGAAGUGCGUUGCCUGGGUGAUUUAGUGAACUGUAUUGAAAUGAAUGGAGAAAUAAUCCAUACGUAUAUCCCCUUGAAUAUGACCACCACAAUCUUUUUUGCUGGAAAAGGUUGUGUCAGUCGAUCGGUCUGCGACAAAAUGGGAAAUAAUAAGUUCUUCCAGUUCGGGACUUACACGUUCACAUUUAAAAACCUUCAGUGCACUAAAGCCAACGGGGCUUUUUCAUCGUUGCGACGCCUGGCUUUCACUCUGGAGAAGAAGGACCUCGGGCCACAGGUGUCCUUCUUCCUUCCAUGCAUCCUUGGGAUCUUUGCUGUGAAAAUUCUCUCCUAGUUAUG